AGUGCAAAACGAAGCACUGAAGGUGUCAGUUGGGCUCCCGACGGUUCUACUUUUUAGCUCCCACAGCCAAACACAACUCUCAGCGAUUUUGACGCAAAUUUUGAACCAUAGCAAAUUAGCAUUCAGCUAACAUGUGUUUGACUGUCACUCUGGAAAAGCCCAAACCUUCCCCUUCUCCUCCAUUUCCCACAUUUCCCAGUUAAGUGUGUCACAUUAAAUGAUACGCAACGCUUGACACCAAAAUGAGCGAAAGAAGCAAACUAAAACCGAACGCCAAGGAAAUGGAGGAAUAUAGGGAAAAGGACACAUGAGCACAUGACGCUAUUCCAGACUUUAUUAAUGAGUUGCUGGGGGAAAAUCAAUACGGAAAAUUGCAACCAACUUAAAUCACAGAAACUACGAUACUGUAAAAGAGGAAUAAAAGGCUGUAAACUUAAUUUAUUUAUUGAAAAUGAGAUAUAAAUUUUGUUUACUCCUAAUGUAACGCUAUUUUUGUGAGGCAAUGUGCAUAUGCAAAUCGAGGGCCACACAACGGAAGUUGAUUUCAAGUUUCUUUAACCCGAGGGAUAGACAAAGGUUUUAUGUGAGGGCAAAAAAUACAAAAAGAAAAGCGAAGGGGCAAAGCAAAUAUAAGUUGGCUGAAGACAAACAAACAGGCAGAGGGCAAGUCAAGAGGUGACAGGAAACAGGAGGCGGAACGUGCUCAAGUUCGGUAGCCAUAUACGAGGUGGACAAGUAGGCCUUGCCCCGACUCCACAGAUUGUGACAAUACGAAAUCCGUUCGUUUUCCCCCCCAGUGCGAGUCAACCCGUCAAGCCGAGACAUUCGAUUUCUAAAUAUUCUGUAAAAAUCCCUCCCGAAAUCACACCAAAAAAUUUCCAGUUAAAGCAGGUCGUAGCGAAGUGUGAGAUUUGUUAGCCCAAAUACAAACACAGCAAAAUUAUGCUCAAGUCCAAGCAGCUAUCGUCUACAAAAGGAGUUAAAGCUCUGGUAAAAACCCAAGUUUUUAAUGCCGCUAAGACCAAGCCAAAGGUGCAGCAGAACAACAGCUUGAAGGUAAAGCAGAAAACUGUGAAGACGCAACCGAAAACCAUAAAAAUCCAGUCGAAAACUUUGAAGAAACAGUCAAAAAUGUUGAAGGUUCAAACGAAAGGCUUGAAGAUACAGCAAAAUUCAUUAAAGAUGCACCAGAAGAAUCCUGUGAAAAAACUUAUUCGGCGUUCUCCCCUGAUGCGUGCCGCCCUGCAACCCACGAUAAUGGGUUCCCACAAAGGAAAGCCGCCGGUCAAGUCGCAGGUGACCUUUAAGAAGUCCCACCGCCAAUCGCUGGAUGCUCUGCAAUCUCUGGGAAUGUCCCGCCGGACCAAGCUAAUAGAUGCCAGUCCCCUGAAGAAAAACCCGGCCACUCCGGUGCUCUUUCUAAUCAAGGACUCCAAGGGAAAGAAAGAAAGCGGCCAGAAGAAAUCUUCAAGUGGAGGCAGGAAGCAACAUUUGCCAAAGAUGGACCCAAGGUCGAUGUCCAGAAGCGUGACGAGGGCCUCCGAGGGUGUGGACUUCUUCUAUAAUCUUGGCAUGAGGAUGCAGCCAGAGAAGCCGAAGGAUCAACAAGUGCGACUGCGAGGAAAUGCUGCAUUUGAGGGAAGAUUGGAAGGAGGACAAGGACAUCGACCAGGAUCAGCAAGGACCAAUCCUGGCCUCGCCGCCAUCGUUGGUGGCUCCUCCGUUGGCAUGUCCGCCAAGGAUGUGGUGGUGCCGCUGACCAACCGACUGCCCAUCAUCGACUUCAUUUCCACCUAUGAGUUUCAGAAUAUGUAUGCCACUACGAGCCGGAAACCGCAGACACGCAGUUUUGUCCAUUGAUUGGCGAUGGACCAUAUUUAGUGAACAGUGACCAGUGGAUUCUCGGCUUAAUAUAUGUUCAAUUCUUUUUUUCAAGUAUAAAUAA